CACUGACUACCUAUAGAGACACAUCCGCGCUAUGGGUGGUAUUGUACUUAAAGCGAGACAAGAGGUGUAGGAGACAGAGAUGAGUGAGAAGAAAUUCCCGAGAAUGUCCGACUCAUACGAGCUGUCGGAGCAUAAAUCGCAUCCCCAUCAUCUGUACGUGGAAGAGGCUUUCUACGAUGGUCAGGGCUCCGCCUGGCGCUGUCUCAGGUGCGGGUCUCGUAGAGCUAAGGCGCUUUGGGUCCUGGUCGGUCUGCUUCUCGUGUGCGCCGCCCUCGGUGUCGGCCUGGGAUUUGGCUUUGCAGGUAAAAAUUCCGCUGAAAAGAACGAGUUAAGGUCUCACCAAUCCUCCACAGACGGUCAAACCUCACAGAAAUCGAUAACAACGUCAGCGCUCUCUACAUCAGAUAUGAAUUUAACAACUAUGCCCACAUCCGGGUCCCCUUCUUCAAUCGCAGCAUCUAGUGAGUCUUCCGAAAGUUCCCCCAUGACGAGUUCCACUGAUAUAAUCAUCACGGACCUUCCUACUACCACAAAAACCAUGGAGUCCAACUGGACCUUCCCAAACGAAACCACGGACAUGUCAACAUCGCCUGGAGCUACGCCAGAUACGACAGAGAAGGUGGUCACGAACACGACAGAGGAAGGUGUUACGAACACGGCCUCUGUGAGUGUAACAACCACAGCCCGGAAGACCACAACCCAAUAUCUGGCCUCCACUCCCACGAAUUAUACAGAAUCCACGAACGCUUCAAUAGCCUCAAAUACGAGUGAUGUUCCAACACCUACCAUGCCGUCAAUCUCCGUCAGCUUGACUUCUAAUGAAACCCCAUCACCAGCCACGAUUUCACCUGUAAUCACAUUGAUGUCAUCGGCGACACCAAUGCCCACAGUAGAGUCAACGGCGACUCCAGUGCUUACAACAGAGUCAACGACGACAUCAGCGCUUAUAGUAGAGUCAACGCCGACACCAGUGCCUACAGUAGAGUCAACGGCGACACCAAUGCCCCCAGUAGAGUCAACGGCGACACCAGUGCCCACAGUAGAGUCAACGGCGACAACAGUGCCCACAGUAGAGUCAACGGCGACACCAGUGCCCACAGUAAAGUCAUCGACCACAGCUAUGCCCACAGUAGAGUUAACGUCUUCAUCUCCUACGGCUGAGGACCAUACAAUGCUGAGCAGUAUAGUCCCAUCAGCAAGCAGUGGUUCCUAGUCCAGCGCAAUCAGUCAUGAGAACUUUCCAGCUUAAUAAUGCUGUGAUUAUGUAUCUUUAUGUGUAACCAUCGUUUUGUUGGUAUUUUAGAAUCAUAUAUAACCUACCAUGCUAUUAUCGUUGAAUGCUAGCAGAUCUCUUCACAAUGAUAUUUCCACAUCCGAAAGAAGGUUAUAAAACAAUUUUCUUAUUACUCAGUAAGUGUAACGAACCCUUAUCCUUCCUUCUCCUAUGCACGGUAUUGUACUGUGUGAUAUAACAUAGCCUUUGUCUCGCUCAUAUCACAUCUCCUAUACACGGUAUUGUACUGUGUGAUAUAACAUAGCCUUUGUCUCGCUCAUAUCACAUCUCCUAUACACGGUAUUGUACUGUGUGAUAUAACAUAGCCUUUGUCUCGCUCAUAUCACAUCUCUUACACAUGGUAUUGUACUGUGUGAUAUAACAUAGCCUUUGUCUCGCUCAUAUCAUAUCUCCUAUACAUGGUAUUGUACUGUGUGAUAUAACAUAACCUUUGUCUCGCUCAUAUCAUUUCUCUUAUACAUGGUAUUACACUGUGUGAUAUAACAUAGCCUUUGUCUCGCUCAUAUCACAUCUCCUAUACACGGUAUUGUACUGCGUGGUAUAACAUAGCCGUUGUCUCGCUCAUAUCACAUCUCCUAUACACUGUAUUGUACUGCGUGAUACAACUUAGUCUUAUUCUCGCUCAUUUCACUUCUCCUAUACACGGUGUUGCACUGUAUGGUAUAACGUAACCGUUAUAUCGCCAUGUCACUUAUACACUAUAUUAUACUGCAGGACAGAAACAUUGCCUCUCUGUCGCUUAUAUUCCUUCUAUGCACAGCGAUGAACAUUGUGAUAGAAGUUGCCUUUCUCUCGCUCUGUAUACGGUGAUGUACUGUGUGAUAAAAGUAUUAUCUCGCUCUUAUCUUCUUUUCUCCUAUACAUACAUGAAUAUUCUACAUACUCUAUUUGACCGAAAAGGCGUAGAGUUAUACCUCGCUCUUAUGCUCAUUUCUCCCGUGCACGGUAUUGCUCAGUAUCACAGAACAAACACACACUUUACCUCGCUCAUAUCUCCUACACACACUGUUUCACAUAUCUGUAUUAAAUGAAUUUCACCUUUAUCGUGCUUUUUACUUUUAUUUCUCCUAUGCAGGGUAUUGUACAGUGUGACUUCACAAGUUCACAAAAUCACAAGUUUACUGCACUCAUAUCCCCACUUCCCCUUUGCGAUACUGUACUGUGUGAUAGAGGUUAUCCUGUCCUCACUUCCUCUUCACGAUAUAAUACUGUCCAAUAGAGGUUAUCAUAUCCUCCCUUCCUCUUCACGAUAUAAUACUGUCCAAUAGAGGUUAUCAUUUCCUCCCUUCCCCUUCUCGAUAUUGUACUGUGCGAUAGAGGUUAUCCUAUUCUCCCUUCCCCCUUUGCGAUACUGUACUGUGUGAUAGAGGUUAUCCUGUCCUCACUUCCUCUUUACGAUAUUGCACUGUGUGAUAGAGGUUAUCCUAUUCUCACUUCCCCUUUACGAUACUGUACUGUGUGAUAGAGGUUAUCCUGUCCUCACUUCCUCUUUACGAUAUUGUACUGUGUGAUAGAGGUUAUCCUGUCCUCACUUCCUCUUUACGAUAUUGCACUGUGUGAUAGAGGUCAUCGUAUUCUCACUUCCCCUUCACGAUAUUGUACUGUCCAAUAGAGGUUAUCGUAUCCUCCCUUCCCCUUCACGAUAUUGUACUGUCCAAUAGAGGUUAUCGUAUCCUCCCUUCCUCUUCACGAUAUUGUACUGUCCAAUAGAGGUUAUCAUAUCCUCCCUUCCCCUUCACGAUAUUGUACUGUCCAAUAGAGGUUAUCAUAUCCUCCCUUCCUCUUCACGAUAUUAUACUGUCCAAUAGAGGUUAUCAUAUCCUCCCUUCCUCUUCACGAUAUAAUACUGUCCAAUAGAGGUUAUCAUAUCCUCCCUUCCUCUUCACGAUAUAAUACUGUCCAAUAGAGGUUAUCGUAUCCACCCUUCCCCUUCACGAUAUUGUACCAUGUGAUAGAGGUUACCCUACCCUCACUUCCCCUUCACGAUAUUUAAUAUUCACGCGCGGUUUCGUAUCACUUUAGCGUGCUUUUCAAUAUGAGUUAUCGCUGCUUCUGUUGUGUCGGGUUGAUGACAUGGCCUCAUAAUGAACGGCAUUUGACAGAAACUCAGUGGAUAUCAGAUGGCUGGCAAUCUUCCAGGACCGUACAGACCUGUACCGUCAGUAUGUGUCCAUCUUCCCGCACUGUAACGUGAGUUAAUGACGUCAACAUUGCCAUUCAAAGAUAUAUGUCCCCUGGACGUUCAUAUAUACACUGAUCACUUGGACAUAAGCACGAAGAAACAAUGGUAUGUGGAUAAUAUAUGAGCGUUUUCCUUAAAUUAUAUUUGUAUCUUUGCACGGGUCACAAAAAUCGUCUGUAGAGAAUAUGUCUUUUUUUUGGAACUGCGCAGUUAAUCCCAUAAUGAGUGAAAACGUACUUUGUGACCCCUGGCUAUUAAAUACUCAAUUGCUUAGAAUUAUAUUUUUCUUUCUGACCAGUUCUAAUGUUUAGGAAAAUGCAAUUCUUACAUCAUAAGAGUGAACAUACAGGAUAAUUUGUAAUAUGUUUCUUUCACAACCCAAAUUGUAACUUUAACAUGUAUACACAAUACACCCUUGUGGAGAAAGAUAUCCAAACAUGACAAUUUCGGGGAAGUGUGACGUGUUUAAAUUAUGAGCACGUCAUAUAUUUAUUUUGGAUAUAUAUUGAAUUUGUUUUGCACGUAAAGAAAAUGCCAGAAACAUCAUGUGUAAUUUAAUGAUCAUACCUCGCUCUAGAAAUGCCAUGCAGUAGUUCUGUUAUCUGGAUAAAACUUCAAUUUAGCGCUGAGUGUUUUCUUAAGGAUGUUUACAAAUGAAUAAAACCUGACAAAGUUGUUUGACUUUU